AUGGCUACUUCUGGAAAAGUUAUCAGAUGCAGAGCUGCUGUUGCCUGGGCCGUGGGAAAGCCACUCUCUGUUGAGGAGGUGGAGGUAGCACCUCCAAAGGCAGGUGAAGUCCGUGUCAAGAUUGUGGCCACAGGCAUCUGUCACACAGAUGAACAUAUUUUGGAAGGCUGCUUUCCUAAUGUGGAUUUCCCAGUUAUCCCAGGCCACGAAGGAGCUGGGAUUGUGGAAAGCAUUGGAGAAGGAGUAACCUCCGUGAAACCAGGUGACAAAGUCAUCCCCGUUUCCCUUCCUCGUUGCGGGGAAUGCAGCUUCUGCCUGAAUCCCGAAUCCAACUACUGCCUGAAGUGCCACUUCUCCAAUUCACAAAGCCUUCUGCCUGACAAGACCAGCCGCUUCACUUGCAAAGGGAAGCAGAUCCACCACUUCCUGUGGGUCAGCACCUUUGCAGAAUACACCGUGAUCCCGGAGUUUGCCGUUGCCAAGAUAGAUGCUGCUGCACCUCUGGACAAAGUCUGCUUGCUUGGCUGUGGGUUUCCCACAGGCUAUGGGGCUGCCAUCAACACCGCCAAGGUAAAACCAGGCUCCACCUGCGCCGUCUUUGGCGUCGGAGGAGUCGGCCUCUCUGUUGUCAUGGGCUGCAAGGCGGCUGGAGCAUCCCGCAUCAUUGCCGUUGAUAUCAACAAGGACAAGUUUGCCAAGGCCAGGCAGCUGGGAGCCACCGACUGCAUCAGUCCUCACGACUUCAAGAAGCCCAUCCAGGAGGUCCUCAUUGAGAUGACGGGCCAUGGCGUGGACUACUCCUUUGAGGUCAUUGGGCAUGCCGAUACCAUGACUGCUGCCCUGGCCUCCUGCAACAUGAACACUGGAGUCUGCGUGAUGGUUGGGGAACUGGCUUCUGGUUCUGUGAUUUCCCUCGAUCCUAUGCUUCUGCUGUCUGGGCGUACAUGGAAGGGCACUCUGCUUGGAGGUUGGAAGACGAGAGAUUGUAUCCCCAAAUUAGUUUCCAGCUAUUUGGAGAAGAAAUUCAACUCAGACGUGCUGAUCACGCACACGCUGCCCAUCGCUAAAGUGAACGAGGGAUUUGAGUUGUUACGUGCAGGAAAAAGUAUUCGCAGCGUCCUGCUCUUUUGA